UGGAAGCGAGACACGCCGCGCGACGGAGGGCCGGUGAUCGCCCUGUCCGUCGACCAGCCAGCAGUUCGCCGCCGGCCGGGAGCUGCUCCCCUUCCCGAGGAAAACGAUCGGUCCGCGCGAUGCUCAUCAAGGAAACGUCUCUCAGCUGGCCAGGACUGCCGGCCGCGGCGCCGACACCAGCGCCCCCGUCGGCGGUGAUCGUCUCCCCGGAGAGUCUGUCCAGGCACAGCAGCGGCUCGCCCUCCCGCACCCACCGGCCGGCCCAGUUCGCCCUGGCGCUGCCCUGCGCCGCGCACCCCGUGCCCGCGGUCUGCUACCCCGCUCCGGUCUACCUGGAGGUCGCCGAAGAUCGCAACUGGAAGAAACUCGGAGCCGAUGCCUUGGCAACGACUCUGAGUGCUCUUUAUGGCAAAUUACUGGUCGUCAUGGGUAUAGCUUUCCCAAUGGCCGAGGUCAUAUCCACUUACAUCCCGCCGUCGUUCUACGAGGCUUUCUACCUUUACCUCUACUUUGGAAGCAUGGCCUUUCUUCUGUACAUGUACGCCAUGCUGUUUAAGGAUCGCAAACCCAAGCAAAAGAAACAAAGAGACGUUUGCGAUCUGGACUCUUCGAGAUCUUCUAGCGGAGCGGGGGCCGACAGCGAUUUGCAAGAGAGCGGGUGUCCGGACAUGACGACGGCGCGUCCAGCCCAGCAUUACGGCAGCUUUUACCUUCGAAUGGGAGCGGUCGCUUUCGGGAUCGGCUCUAUGAUUUAUUCCGGCCUCGAGUUCGGCCAGUACUUCGAGUUGGAACGAAACACCAAGUGCCACAACGUUCUGUUGGCUCUGACCCCAGCUACGCGCAUGGCAUUCAUCUUCAUUCAAAUGUACUUCAUCUUUUUAAACAACGAGCAAAUGAAAGUCUACCGUCAUCGUGUCGUCGCGAGAUUCGGACUCAUGCAUAUGAUCGGAACGAAUCUAUCGGUGUGGUUGAACGUUCUGGUACAAGAAACGAAGCAUGAAAUCCUUACGUUCUACAAUCCGGAAAAUAAUACUUUGAGAAUCUCACACAGAUUGGGUUCAAAAGGAGCUCACCUGAACGUGCACACCCAUACUCAUCAUGGCGAACACGCGAGGGUUCCUCGGGGUCUCAAGGGACCUCACCACAUGUACGAGUGCAGAAGGACCAACAUCAUGGGUUCCCUAGUGCAGGAUGCGAGUCCUUUUUUGUUCCCCUGUACGAUCGAGUACAGCCUUAUAUGUGCCGCCAUCUUGUACGUCAUGUGGAAAAACAUAUCGAAACUUGGUUUCUUUCAACCUACGACACCUCCUGGCUCCCAUCACCACGCACACGCGUACAGGAGGUCGCCUCACCACUACAGCGUGGAUUGCGCUCGGGCACACAAGGGUCUCUUUGUGGGCAUUCUGAUCUUGGUGCUGACCAUAAUCUCCUUGAUCCUGUUUUUCGUCCUCAUAUCGCGUCCGGAAUUGGUGAGCCUCGCGGUAACCGAGGUGAACGUCUGCGAGCUCACGCUGUACGGGAUGUCCACUCUGGCGACUUUGAUCGGGAUGUUCCAAAUGCGCAAGCUGAGAUACGACGGCGGCCGGAAUCUGGAGCUGGACAAUAUCCUGCUGGUAGCGGCUCAGACGGGCAUGUUCAUCUAUUCCACUUUUACGAUAAUCGGUGGCCACUUUACGCUCGAGAAGCACACGGUACUGGUGCUGGUCACCGCCCUGGCCAGCGUCAUCCAAACCACCUGUCAGACCAUCUUCAUCCUGGACUCCUCCAGAAGAUCCGUAGCCACGUCCGAGCAAAUCCGUCGAAAGCCCGGCCGGGAGAUCGUUACUUUCCUGUUGGUGACGAAUCUCGCGAUGUGGGCGAUCAACACGCUGGAGAAAUCGAGGGCGGAGUCGCACCCCGUGCAGCUGCACUUCUACGGUCUCUGGGCUUGGACCAUCAUCACUCACGUCUCCAUGCCCCUGGCCAUAUUCUACAGGUUCCACAGCACGGUUUGCCUGUGCGAGGUGUGGAAGCGAGCGUAUAAGGUCAAACCUACUUACAUGUGACGCAAGGGGACGGAGGACGCUUGGAAGUGCGUCGGCGCGGCACAGCGGCCCAAGAACCUCCCGAUCAAGCUGGACGCCGUCGCCGAAAACGACCCCGCAUACUUUAUCUGAUUCCUCGCGGUCCUCUGCUGACUCUAGAUUCUCGCGAACGGUGAGACUCGGCUCCGCCUCGAUUCGGUCGCGUUGCCAAAGAAACGACCGGCUAGCGGGGGACGCGGGGGACGCGGUGGCCACCGGUGCCACCCGCUUCCGCUUGUACCCGGGGAACGGAAAUGGGCUCGUUGUGCCAAUUGCCACGUGAAACAUCCUGCAAGUGCCGUUUGCAAAGUAAUGUCAGAAAAGUUAAUCGUUUGCUGGUCACGGACCAACGAUUUCGUGGCGCUCUUCUACCUUACCUAAUUAUUUGCACGACACAAUCGUCUUCCAUGUUAUAAAGUACGUAUACUUGGAGUCAAUCAAACCGAGAAUUAUCGAGGAAUAGAAGGAUGUAAAUGACUCGUUUAUCCAUUAUCGCCCGGCAUACGGACUCGCAGGAUCAUACCUAUUAAGGCCCAAUUGAGUCGUACAAAUUGUUGCUCGCACGCGUGCCCACGUCGUCGCGUUUAGUAGGGUCGAUCGUUCCCCUAGGAUCGAUACGAAGGAGAACGGUAGUUUCGGUGGGGAAAAAAAGGAGCUCCGAGAAUGGGCCUGAAAAGGGAAUAUGGUACAACGGAGAUCAUAUCAAAAAGCCUCUUUGAAAUGACGUUGAGGAACGAAUUGUUCCGUAAUUGGGAUUCUCUCACCGAUUGCGUACCGACAUAGGAAUACCAUGCGAAGAGGUAAAUGGAGCGGGAGGGUUACGAUGGCAGGAAAACGUGCCAACUUCAUGCGGAAAACGCGAAUCUGCUUAUUCGUAUAAUGCAUCUAAGCAGGUUUUCCUUCUCGACAAAUAGCGAAAGUGCGAUCAUUUUCGUCGAUAAUUUUGAUUGGACGUACCACAGAGAUAGUAACGUACACGUACGUUCCGCGAGUAGAGCGUGUUGUUAACCCGCGGUUCUUUUAAUGUCCUCGUUGACGUAAAUAUCGCGACAUGUAACGAGACCUCCGUUGAAUUUACUUCAAACUCGUUCGAUCGUAAUCGAUGCCAGUUCUAAUGCAAUUCGUGCGCGAGGCAUCAUGCUCAAUUGACCAGGACUCGAAUUGUCGUAUCAUCCGCGUUUAGUUGUACAGUUACAUGCAUUAGUAUUUUAGAGAUGUCGGUGGACAUUGUAUACCUAUUGAAAGAGUAAAUUGGAACUGUAUCACAUUUCAUAGCUUAGAUAGUAGGGCCCAUUCACGACAAAUAUAAAAACAUUCAGAACGUGCGAUUGCUUCUGCAAGACUUAACGUUAUACCGAACGAGUUACAAGGACAAAAAUGAACAAUUAAGAAGGUGACGUUUAAGUUCACUUUCCUGGACGCACAAUAACAUGCAAAUAGAAAUUCGAGUCUUAAUAUAGGUAUAUUUUUGGGAAACUGUACAAUUUACUGUCAUCCGCGUAAUCGAAUCGUGCAAAUGUUAUCUAUUUAGGGGGCAUUCUAAAAUGUGACUGAGCUCUUCGUUAUAAGUGUGAAACAUUAAGACGCAUCCUACACUGAUACCUUUAAAUCUCAUGUGCGUGGGAACAGACCUGAAACUUGAUCAUUUGGAUUUGAGGAGUCGAAAAUAAUUUAAGAGAUACAUCUGGGCUUUUUUAAGAGAAUUUCUUACACGCGUCUCGUGUUUUAAUUCUCCAUUAUGGUUUUUCAGGAUAUCCUGUAGUUGACCUUAACCUGUUAACUGCGGACCUCACUGUAACGUUAUGGUUUACCGACGUGUAUAUACGACGAACGCAGUUAACACCGGUUAAUAGCGGAAGUUAGAAAAGUUAAGAAUGAUUUCGAGGUUUGGAACUUCUUGAUAUAAAGUUUAACGAUUUUGUCAAUCUUAAUCUUCCUGAUUAUUUCUUUUACCUGUAUCGUCUUUUAAAUCUACACAAUUCUCUGUCUUCUUAUUUAGUAUUGUUCCGAGGAUCGAUUACCAAAGUCUUCAGUUUGGAAUACCGCCGCCGUAUCGCAUUUAAGUCCGUUAAUUCUUCGUUACCACUCCCGUAAAAGAAUGCAUGGCAGAGGAGCAGAAAAAAAUUGAGAUUAAAGAGGAUAAAUGAGAAUAUCGGUUAGACAGAGUGACAGGGUAACCAAAAUAAGUAAAUUGGUGCAGAGACGACCAAAUAAAUAAUGAUCCUUUCACAUUUGCUUUAGGCAAUCAUACGACACCGACGUUUAACCGACCGUUAAUUGACGACUGGUUUCAGUGGAUGUAAAAUAUAGUUGACUAGUUUAAGGCAAAAGUGUACAUACGAAAAGAUUCUCUCGAUGUUUAGACUAGACAUGUCGACAAUGUUUCUUCCUAUUUAUAUACAUACAAACAUAUAUAUAUAUAUAUAUAAACAUAUAAAAAUAUAUAUUUAUUAUUGCGUUGUU